AUGUCCGGCAAUAUUCGUGGCUUCGGGUACUUGGAGAGUCUUCCUCCGGUUACCUUCCGCCGCCUAUACCAGCAGCCCGCCACCGCACUGGCCAUUUUCCGGCGUAUGCUGCCUAAUUUAGCUAAGACAAUUGUCACAACUCUACUGUACAAUGAAACUCCUGUUACCCUCGGUGACCUAGAGGCUCUGGUCCGUCCUGAGAGCUAUCGAGAGCGGGAAGAUGCUUUUAGUAAAUUGCGCAGACUGCAUAUCAUCACCGAGAAUAAUUUAGACGUUUCUCUUGACCCCGUAUUUAAAAAGAAUUUUCGACUGGCGGGCGAUCAUCAUUCGUUCGGUGUACCUUGUAACGCGGAAGACAAAAAGAAGAUCACAGUCCAAUUUCUAGAUGACUAUGCCACUAGACAAUUCGAGGCUAUACUGCAUUAUAUGGUUGGGACGCACAACGAGGUCAAGCCUAGCAAGGGCGUCAUCACUCUUCUCACCAAGGGUGGGUUGAUGGAACGCUAUGGGGCGGGUUCAUCGGCCACCAUCACUAAGAAUGGAUUCAGCUUUCUGCUCCAGGAUGGGAAUCCACAAAUUUGGGCACUACUGAUUCAAUAUCUAGAGAUGUCUGAAGAGUUGGGAAUGGAGCAGACGGAUGUUCUACAUUUCCUGCUCAUGUUAGGUAGUCUGGAGUUGGGACAAGCAUACUCUGUUAAUACCUUAACAGAGACACAAAAGCUUAUGUUAGCUGACUUGAGAGACUACGGGAUUGUUUAUCAGAGAAAGUCAUCUUCUGAUAGAUUUUAUCCGACAAGGCUUGCUACCACCCUUACCUCAGAAUCGGGAGGUCUUCGGUCUGCUUCUGCUAGCAUGAGUUCUGCUAUGGCAAAAGACGCCGAAGAGGGGAAGGGGUUUAUCAUCUUGGAGACAAAUUAUCGUGUCUACGCAUACACAGACUCUCCCCUUCAAAUUGCUGUGCUUAACCUCUUCGUCAAGCUCAGCACUCGCUAUCCAAACCUUGUUAGCGGCCGUAUAUCUCGACGCUCAAUCCAAGAAGCCAUAAAAAUGGGUAUCACAGCGGAUCAAGUGAUAGACUACCUAAGCGCCCACGCUCAUCCUCAAAUGCGAAAAUCACUUGUCACUCUCCCACCAACAGUCGUUGACCAGAUACGCCUGUGGCAGAUUGAAGGGGAAAGAAUGAGGACUACUACAGGGUUCCUAUUUAAAGACUUCCAUUCUACCCAGGAGUUUGAAGAAGUGGCUAAAUACGCGGAGGAAUUGGGUGUUCUUAAGUGGAAGAAACCCGCGAGGAGGUGUAUGUUUGUUACGAGGCAUGAACAGAUUGCUGAUUGGCUGAAGAGAAGAGCGCAGCAGCAGCAGCCAAAGAAGGUUGCUGCUUGAAUCUUUGAUGUUUGAUGUUUGGACGGUUUCUUUUCUCUUCUUUCCUACAAUGUGUAUUGUUAGUAGUACCUUAGAAGUGGGCGAUGAUGUCUGGCUGGGUGAUAAAGGGUUUGGUUUUUGUGACUGAUAGUUUUGCACACCGAUAAAUUAUGUAUGAGGUCUCACGGAUCAAAUUGCUACUUUAUGGGGGUUUGGUUUGGGAUUAAAAAAUUUCUUUUGAGACUCUUU